AUGCAGGACGACGCCCCUCGCUUGGAUGUCGACUAUUACAGGAACUGGUCCCUGGAAAAGGAUGCCGAGGGGUUUGACUAUUGGGCAGCCUAUCAGCAAAGCAAACUUGCUGACAUACUCAUCGCCAAGGAGUUUUCCAGGCGCUAUCCACAACUGGAAACCGCUUCUUGCCAUCCAGGGAUGAUCUACACAGAUAUGGGGAAACACGUUUAUGACGAGACAAUGUUUGAUAUUGUUCUUGAUUUCAUCAAAGAAUACCCAUUUGUCGUCGCUACGGAAGGGUUUUGGCGGCCUGUGAAAUCUCCACAAGAAGGAGCGUCUACUACAAUCACCGCUGUCUCGUUGCCAUCCAAUGAGCUCAUCAGUGGUGGAUACUACAAAGACUGUGCUGUCGGGAAGGCGUCACAAUCAGCGAGCAACAUGGAUGAUGCCAAGGCAUUGUUUGAUUGGUGCGAUGAAGUCACAUCGCUGUAUCAAUCAUAG